CCAUUACCUGAUGGGAAUGAACUGACACCCUCUAAUCACCAGAUAAGUGGCUGUGUUUCCUUUCAUCUCCCAGCCUCGGGGCUAUCUUUCCCAACAAGUGAAGCUUAUUAAGUCUUUUCUCAGCUGUUCAGGCUGAUUUUCAAAAAUGCCAAGUAGGAAGUUUGCCGACGGUGAGGUGGUGAGAGGCCGGUGGCCUGGGAGUUCACUGUAUUAUGAAGUGGAAAUUCUGAGCCACAACAGCAAGUCCCAGCUUUACACGGUCAAAUACAAAGACGGAACGGAGCUGGAGUUGAAGGAGAGCGACAUCAAGCCUUUAGCUUCCUUCAGGCAAAGGAAAAGUGGCUCCACUUCCAGUUCUCCGUCCAGACGACGAGGGAGUCGGUCAAGGUCGCGCUCCCGCUCCCCCGGGCGCUCCCGCUCCCCCGGCCGCCCGGCCAAAAGCUCCCGCCGGUCGGCCUCUGCUUCCCACCAUGUGGACAUCCAGGAGAUGCGGAAGGAAGUGCUGGAAGUGAAGUUGACUCCGCUGGUGCUGAAGCCGUUUGGAAAUAGCAUCAACCGGCACAACGGGGAGCCCGAGCAGCGGGGGGAGCCCGAGCAGCGAGCGAGGAACGACAUGCCGCACAGGAGCGCGCAGGAACAAUUCCCUUUGUCACAAGAAAGUAGUUAUACAUAUACACAGCAUAGCCUUCGUCCAAGAAGAGAAGAGAGCAAAUUUAAAAAAAUAGACUUAGAGGAAGAAAAAAUUGUUACAAAAGGACCUACAUUGUUGAGAACCUUUGAAGUGACAGCCACGCAGACGAAGGACUUAGAGUUUGGAGGAGUCCCUGGUGUGCUUCUUAUCAUGCUCGGCCUGCCUGCCUUCCUCUUCCUGUUGCUGUUGCUGUGCAGGCAGCGGGAGCCCGGCCUUCUGCAUUUCCCGCCUCCUCUGCCAGCUCUGUCUGACCUGUGGGAAGCCAGAGUGUUCGGGGCCUACCUCCUCUGGUUUUCUGUUCAGGCUCUGUUCUACGCGCUGCCCAUCGGGAAGGUGGUAGAAGGAACGCCUCUGACUGAUGGAAGAAGACUCCAGUAUAGACUAAAUGGGUUCUAUGCUUUCAUCCUGACGUCGGCAGCCGUGGGAGCCGCUCUCUUCUGGGGCGUGGAGCUCUGCUACGUGUACCACCACUUCCUCCAGUUCGCCCUGGCGGCCCUCGUGUUUGCUGCCGGCUUGAGUGUUUAUCUCUACGUGCGGGCCCUGCGUGCGCCCCGGGGGGACCUGUCUCCGGCCAGCUCUGGAAACGCCAUCUACGAUUUCUUCAUUGGCCGCGAAUUAAACCCUCGGAUCGGGACUUUUGAUCUCAAAUACUUUUGUGAACUGCGCCCCGGACUGAUCGGAUGGGUGGUGGUUAACCUGGUGAUGCUGUUGGCUGAGAUGAAGCUACAGCACCGCGCGGCUCCCUCCCUGGCGAUGGUCCUGGUGAACAGCUUCCAGCUCCUGUACGUGGUGGACGCGCUCUGGAACGAGGAGGCCGUGCUGACCACCAUGGACAUCAUCCACGACGGCUUCGGCUUCAUGCUGGCCUUCGGGGACCUGGUGUGGGUGCCCUUCGUCUACAGCCUCCAAGCCUUCUACCUGGUCCUCCACCCCAACCACCUGUCCUGGCCGCUGGCGGCGCUGAUUGUCGCUCUGAAACUUUGUGGAUAUGUAAUCUUCCGAUGUGCAAAUGCUCAGAAAAACGCAUUCCGGAAAAAUCCCGCUGAUCCAAAGCUUGCACAUUUAAAAACCAUUCACACGGCAACGGGCAAGAACCUUCUAGUUUCCGGAUGGUGGGGCUUUGUUCGCCACCCCAACUACUUGGGUGACCUCAUCAUGGCCCUGGCCUGGUCCCUCCCGUGUGGUUUCCAGCACGCGCUGCCCUAUUUCUACGUGGUGUACUUCACCGUGCUGCUGGUGCACCGGGAGGCCCGGGACGAGCGCCUGUGCCGGAGGAAGUACGGCGUGGCCUGGGACCAGUACUGCCAGCGCGUGCCCUACCGCAUCCUCCCCUACGUGUACUAGCCUCGGCGGGCCGGCCCUGCUCCCCGCGCCGCAGGAGGAGGUGCACACGAGGUUCUGCCCAUGUUUGAGCCAGGACUGUGGAGCUGUCUUAGUAAGUCUUUCACUGUAGCCCCGAGUCUGACUUCUCACCGUCACGUUUAGCACGAGGAAGAACACAGACGUUAGGACUCUGCGUUGCAUUCUAACAGGAAACUCUAGUCCGUAAAAAUCUGCAAACCAAACAGUCUUCUCGAUGCCCCGAGAGAACACUCUGGAUGUUUCUGGGUCUGAUCUUGUUUUCUAGUUGGUUCUUAAGGGGAAACACUGUUACACUCCCAGUGUGUGGUGUUUCACUGCAGCACAGACUUCCCCUUCAGGCUGAAGCGCUCACUAGGCCUGGGACGGGACGCCAUUGCUGGCCCUGCCCUUCUGAACCGGCAUCGGAAAUGUAAAUACAUAGCCUUUAUGUAAUAUAUGGUGACUUUGGAUUUCUCUGUACAGUGUUUUGAAUGUGAAAUAAUUGUCAGGACUACGUAUCGUAACAAAAACAUUACUUUACAGAAAUUAAUUUUAAAUUAAUUUCUGUAAAGUAAUACAUGUGAAUUACAAUUUUUGAAACAGCACUCAUUUGCUCUUUUGUGGAAGAUGCUAUUAAGACAUAGGGAGGUAUUUUUCUUAAUCCAAAGUUUGCAAAUUAGGCUUUUCUACCUCAAUUGCAGGUGUUUGUUUGCCUUUAUAAACUGUUGCAAAUAGAAAAAAAUAGGAUAAAUAUAUAUUUUUGGAGUAACAUCCCUAUUUAAAAAUUUUUACACAGAUUGGUGGUUGAAGACUUGCCAUUUCAGGCUAAUAUUUUUAUAUGUUUUGGACUUUUUUAAUUAAACUGUUUUUGCUACUGCUGAGCUCAUGCAGUUUAUACUGUAUUUUGUAUAUUCGUUAUGUUCACAAGUCUGCAAGGGACUAGUUUAAAAUCCUUUCUCUCUCUAAUAGAUGUGCCUCAGGUAGCUUUAGCUGUUAAUAGAGUCUUAUUAUUAAUUGUUCUGUAAUGAAAAGCAAAUCCACUAAACUUCUGUAUGCAAAUUUCAGUUCUCAGUACCUUAAACAUACAGGAAUAAUGAGUACAGUGUUGAUGAUGUUGAGUUUUAAUGACAGAUUUCACACGUGGCUCUGCAGCGUGUGCGUUGGUUCAGCGCCCGCAGACGCUGUGGGGAGGGAGGACAAAGAGCCCGCUACCAGCUGCGUUCUGCUGUCGUGUUUUAAGUUGGGAAUAAAGAGAGCUUACCUGGA